CACGCUGCGAGCUGCGGCUUCCCAGCUCCAUCACAUCCACUUUUUUUUUCUUUUCCUCCACACACUCGGUCCUUUCUUUUUAAAAGAAGCGCUGCGGUUUAUCCACACAUUCCCGAAGGAACAAACACUCUCGCAGGAUCGGUCAUUAUCGGGCACCUUUCUCUCUCUCUCUCUCUCUUUUUUUUUCAUUUUUAUUUAUUUUUUUAUUUUUUAAAAUUGUGUGUAACACUCCUCUGUAAUCCUCCUGCGGCUGAUAUUCGAGUCCCCCAAUGGCUCUGCGUGUGGCGCUGCUCUGCUCUCUGUUCGGGCUUCUCCUCGGACAAGGAGAAAAGCACACCGCAGUAGAUGAUUGCUGUAAAAACGGCCAGAAGCAUGCGAACGAUAACAAUGACUGUGCAUCCCUCCCCCUCAUUUCCUCUUCAAUGACUUGCAGGAUAGCGCAGGAGCAGUGCUGUGUGUCAGUGCUGGAGGACAACAUGUGUUCCACCGGCAUCAACGUGGCAAAAGACCAGGGAGUCUGCGAUUCUCUGCUUGCCGGCACCUGCGAGACCAAGACAACAAAGAUGUGCUGCGACUGUUGUCUUCUGGGGAAAGAAGCUCAGGGGCUGAACAUACCCUGCGACCACAACCUGUCCGUGGGCUACCAGUGCAGCCUGGUGUCCCGGGCCUGCUGCAUGGACGGAGCCUCAGACAACCAGACAGCAGCACUGGGACAGUCUGAAUUACCCAACCAGGACAGCAGCUCUGACGUAGCAGUGGGAGUUGAUCCAUGCAAAGGGAAAUGUGACCACGUCUGUGUCGGGAGUGACUCCUGCGCUUGCAUGAAGGGCUACAGACUCAAACCAGACGGGAGGAGCUGCGAGGACAUCAACGAGUGCCUGCUGGGAUCCAGCAACUGCCGGGGGGGAGAGCGUUGCAUCAACACCGAGGGUUCGUUCCGCUGCAUGAGAGAGGUCAGCUGCGGGACCGGCUACGAGCUCACCGAAAACAACGACUGCAAAGACAUAGAUGAGUGUGAGGCGGGGAUCCACAACUGCGGUGAACAAUUCACGUGUCAAAACACCCAGGGGUCGUUCCGCUGCGCCCCGAAGAACACCUGCGGCUCGGGCUUCAUCCAGGACGCGCUCGGAAGCUGCAUCGAUAUCAACGAAUGCGUCUCCCAGUCGAGUCCGUGCCACCGAGGGCAGAUCUGCGUGAACACGGUCGGUUCCUUCAUCUGCCAGAGGAACUCUGUGAACUGCGGUCGGGGAUACCACCUCAACGAAGAGGGCACGCGCUGCGUCGAUAUCGAUGAGUGCAAAGGAGCCGAGCAGGUCUGCUCAGGCCACGCUUGCAUCAACCAGCUGGGAUCGUACCGCUGCGAGUGUGAAACCGGGUACAACUUUAACAGCAUCACCCGGCUCUGUGAAGAUAUUAAUGAGUGCAGGCACUACCCUGGACGACUAUGCGGUCACAAAUGUGACAACACCCCUGGGUCCUACAAGUGUAGCUGCACCACAGGCUUCCAACUGGCCAGGGACGGCCGGAACUGCGAUGACGUGAAUGAGUGUGAGAGCAACCCCUGCAGCCAGGAAUGUGCCAACGUGUACGGAUCCUACCAGUGUUACUGUCGCCGUGGCUACCAGCUCAAUGACAUAGACGCCAUGACAUGUGAAGAUAUUGAUGAAUGCGCCCUUCCCACUGGCGGCCAUAUUUGUUCCUAUCGCUGCCACAACACACCGGGAAGCUUCCACUGCUCCUGCCCUGCCAACGGCUACACGUUAGCAGUGAACGGGCGCAGCUGCCAGGAUGUCGACGAAUGUGUAACGGGAAGACACACAUGCACGGAAAAUGAGAGCUGCUUCAACAUCCAGGGCGGGUACAGGUGCCUGUCCUUCGACUGUCCCAACAACUACAGGCGUGUUGGACAGACUCGAUGCGAACGCUUGCUUUGCAACGACACUGUCGUUUGCCCGAUCUUGCCCCUGAGAAUAACCUACUACUACCUCACGUUCCCCACCAACAUUCCCGUCUUCACCAAUAUCUUCCGCAUGGGCCCCUCCCACACGAUGCCUGGCGAUGACAUCCAGGUGGCGCUCACGGCCGGCAACGAGGGGGGGUUCUUCAAGGCCGAGCGCACGCCCACCGGCGGCGUGAUGUCGGUGGGAAGGCUCAUCGACAAGCCGCAGGACUUCAAGCUGGACUUGGAGAUGAAGCUGCGCCGCUAUAGCACGGUCUCCAUUUACCUGGCUAAGAUUCUGGUGUUUGUCACCCAGGAGGAGCCCAAAGUACCAUACAACCCCUUACAGGAGUAAACACAGGACUUGUUGAGGAUUAAACACAUUAGUUUACUAUUAGAAAAGGAAUGUUUCACAUAAUAUUGAUGAUACGAUGUAGAUGUAUAUUCUUCAAGAUACAGGCCAACUCUACAAUUAUUGGCACCCCUAGCAACAAGGUGUAAAAAGUCUUAAAUAAAUUCAUAUUAAACUAUAUCUCAUGAAAUAUUUUAUUACUUGGUCAUACUUGGAGCUAGGUCUGUCACAAUAACAAUUUUUUCAGGAAAGAAAUUUUCUCAGAAGCUAUAAACAAUAAUAAUUGUUGUUUUGAGGCCAUUUUCAAGUGUUAUAACAGUAAUGGCAUAGAAACCCAAGAACACAUUCUUAAAGAUCAAUAAACUUUAUUGAACAUUUAACACUGGAACUGGAAGACACUUUAAAUUUCCAAAAUAAAUGAAUAGAACACCAGAAGCAAAAAAUAAAAAUAUGAAGCCUAUGUAAACAAAAUUGUCGCUCAAGAAAGGGGCUGGUUGAGAACAAAGCACCAAACUGAAGACUUUUGUCAUCCAGUUUUUUGGCAGAAAGAGAUUUAAAAAAAAAAAAAAAGACAAAGACGAUAAAUUGUGCAAAUGGAAAUUAUUGAGCUCAUUUUAUCAUGUGAUUAAUUGAUUUAUUGCUUAUUGUGACAGACCUGCCAACCUGUGAAGUCUCCAGUUUUUGGUCGGGAAACUACCAUAUCUAACCUCUCUUUCCCAUCGUGUUCCCAUAAUAAUAUUUUCUGGUAAAUUUCCCAUUUUAUAUCAUAUGUAGUCUCCGCCCCUGCCCCACCGCUCCGGGCGGCGAAACAUUUUCCACAUUUUCAAAUCCAAAACUUCGCAGCAAUGAGGCCUACCUGGAGCAGAAGUGAUGUCCGACUGUGUGCGUGAGUGUCACUAAUGUAAGAAAUUGAUUAGAAUCGUGAAAGAAGGACAAAUUUUACGUUUUAAAUUGUCUUUAGCAUCAAAUGUUAGCUUCUAGCAUGAGUAGCACAGUUAGCAUUACUGAACGUUAACGUCAGUUUCUGCACGUACUCUCUUGAAAAUGUAAACUCUUCUUUACUCUGGGAUUUCCCAGUGUAAAGACGAAAUGCUAGAGAAUGUUUUGGAACAUACAACGUAGGAUUAAACCUUAAGUGAAUAUUAGGUGGUUGCUACACUUGCUAACUUCCUGUAAGCUAUUGGUUAGUUGUAAACCUUGGAGCUUUUCCUGUUUUGUGCCGUCAUCACGUCCAUCUUUCUUGAAUGGCAUGCCAUCUCUCCUAGUUCAAAUAAUUAUUUUUUAGUGGAGUUGUUAGUGGUGCCAAUAAUUACAGUGUUUUUAUUACUUAUUAAAAUAAUUAUUGUUUUAAUUACACUAUGUACUCAAUGUAAAGUUUGAACAUUUUUGAUUAUGCUACUGCAGUAGUAAGACUUUUUAGACAUUUUUAUAAGAAUAACCAAUAAAACAUGGAUGACAUAUUACAUAUUAAACACUUUAAAUCCAAGUUUUAAAAAAAUCACUUAGUUACCAGUGACUGUCGCUUGAAAUUAUUGGAGUUUAUGGAGAAAUUAUGUGUCUGGAAAGAAUCCUAUCUUGAGACUUAAAGUUGGAAAACAAAGUUUUCUCUUUCAGUAUUUUACAUGAUCAAUCACUUAAGCUCAAAACGUCAUCUUUCUGGAGUGUUGUUGCUUUCCCAUUUUAGUCGCUGCAUUGUCACAGCCACAACUGUAGGUGGCGUCCUCGGUCCGGGUAAAUGGUUAAACGGUAACAACCCUCAGCAAGCCCUGUGAGUGAGUGUAACUUGACAAUGGUUGCAUGAUAAAGUCUGACAUUCUGCAGCG